CCCCUUCCCCGGUUCCUGGCGAUCCCGCCGUGGUGCUCCCAACACUUUCUGGCUACUCCUAUUGACUCCUCCAUCUGACCUCCUCCCCCUCAUUCCAAUUGGUACCACCCGUCCCAUCUGCCAUCUCCCAACCAUCGGGGUCUCAGUCAGCGUGGGACGGAGCAGUCUAGACUGAUCGGCGGGGCAACAUUCCAGACCUCGCGCCGGCACAUCCGAGCCUAUCGAUCCGAUUAAUCUACUCCUUUCCUCACCCACAUUCUUUAUCACCUCCUUCCCAUUCGUUCCUUUGACCUUCCGGUUGCAUGCCGAGCCACUCCCGCAGUCGGGACCGCCUGGGUCACGACCACGAGCGGGAUCCCGAUCCCGUCUACUCUCCCUCGAUCUACCAGAGAGAUGACUUUGACAACGCCUCGGUUGACGACGACCACGCCCAGCCACGAACUUAUGAUUACGAGCCCCACGAACAUCACGAUGUCCACGAUUACGAUAAUUUUGAAGAGCCCUGGGUUCCGUUACGCGCACAGGUCGAGGGCGAUCAAUGGAGGGACGGGUUCGAGACCGCCAUUCCCAAAGAAGAGGAUGUCACACAGGCUAAGGAGUACCAAAUGAGCGGGGCUUUUGGCGAUGAUGCUCUGCUACGUGACGCUAUAGGUACGGGGGGUCGGAAGCCGAAAGAUCGACCGGAUCGUGAGACGCGCAGACAACGGAGGAAGGAGAGACUGGCGGCGUUCUUUAGACAUAAAAGUGGGAAUGGUGGGUCGGAGCUGGUUAGUGGAGAUGCUCUGGCUAAAUUGCUUGGAUCGCAGGAUGGGGAUGAUGAUUGUUUGAGUCAUUUGGGUGCGGAUAAUGCGGCUCCGGUGGAGGAAAGUAGGCAGCGGAAGCUCCCUGUCUUGAGUGAGGAGCCGUUUAUGCUCCGCCCGUUUCCUGCGGUGGCGCCUAGGGGGCAGGGGCAGGGGCAGGUUCGGGUUGUCUCGGGUGCGCAGUUGGAAGAGGGGGGUCCGGAUAUGGAGAUGCGACACCGUGGUGGUGGGGGACUGGCGACGGAGGCUAUGCUUCCGAAAGAGGGCUUGGAUGGCAGUGUGAAGAGCUCCGCUGGACGACCGUCGUUUUGGAAGCGGUGGGAGAAGACUUUCAUCUUCUUCGGCGUUUUAUUGCUGCUGGCGGCUAUUGCUAUUCCUGUUGGGAUUAUUGAGUCGCGGAGGCUUCAUGACAAGGGGAAGGGUGGAGGUUCUGGAAGCUCUGAUCUAGGAAUCAGUCGUGACAGCAUUCCGGCCUACGCCAGGGGUACAUAUCUUGAUCCGUUUACGUGGUACGACACUACCGGUUUUAACCUGACGUUUACGAACGCGACAGUCGGCGGUCUAUAUAUCAUGGGCCUGAACUCAACGUGGAACGACUCGGCCCAAGCGAACGAGAACGUGCCGCCCCUGGAUAAAAAGUUUCCGUACGGUUCUCAGCCUAUUCGCGGUGUCAAUCUUGGAGGCUGGCUGUCCAUUGAGCCCUGGAUUACUCCCUCGCUCUUCAAUCCUUAUUCUUUGGACGAAGGAAUCAUCGAUGAAUGGACGUUAUCCGAGAAACUCGGUGAUACAGCUGCGUCAGUGAUCGAAAAGCACUAUGCCACCUUUAUCACCGAGCAAGAUUUUGCUGAUAUAAGAGACGCGGGCCUCGAUCACGUCCGGAUCCAAUUCUCGUACUGGGCUCUUGGGACAUACGACGGGGAUCCGUACGUUCCCAAAAUCGCCUGGCGAUACCUUCUGCGAGCCAUUGAGUACUGCCGAAAAUAUGGACUCCGCGUCAAUCUUGACCCGCACGGCAUUCCCGGUAGCCAGAACGGCUGGAACCACAGUGGUCGACAGGGCUUGAUUCGCUGGCUGAAUGGAACCGAAGGGGAGAUGAACCGGCAACGAUCUCUGGACAUGCACAACCAGCUCUCGCAAUUCUUCGCGCAAGACCGAUACAAGAAUGUCGUCACGAUCUACGGCCUGGUGAACGAACCCCUCAUGCUUUCCCUUUCCGUGGAAGCCGUCCUCAACUGGACGAUCCAAGCGACCGAACUGGUCCAGAAGAACGGUGUCAAGGCCUGGGUCACCGUGCACGACGGCUUCCUCAACCUGAGCAAAUGGGACAAGAUGCUCAAAACUCGCCCGGAUAACAUGAUGCUCGACACCCACCAGUAUACUGUUUUCAAUACGGGCGAAAUAGUCCUUAACCAUACGAGAAAGGUUGAGCUGAUUUGUGAGAGCUGGUACCCCAUGAUCCAGGCAAUCAACGUUACCAGUACGGGUUGGGGCCCAACCAUUUGCGGCGAAUGGUCCCAAGCCGAUACCGACUGCGGCCAAUACCUCAAUGACGUGGGCCGCGGCACUCGCUGGGAGGGUACCUUUUCCCUGACCGAUUCAACCGAAUACUGUCCUACCGCAAGCGCCGGCACCUGCAGCUGCACGCAAGCGAACGCCGUUCCGGGCGUCUACUCGAAGGGAUACAAAACGUUCCUGCAAACCUACGCCGAAGCUCAAAUGUCCGCAUUUGAGUCCGCCAUGGGCUGGUUCUACUGGACGUGGGCGACGGAAUCAGCAGCGCAGUGGAGCUACCGGACGGCAUGGAACAAUGGGUACAUGCCGAAGAAGGCGUAUAGCCCGGAGUUCAAGUGCGGGGACGCGAUUCCGAGUUUCGAAAAUUUACCGGAGUAUUAUUGAGCGUUUUAUCCGCAGGAUCAUAUGGUUGUUUUGGCGUCCGGCAAGCAUUUAAGGGUCAUAGCGAGCGUAUCGCGCCAUGCUUUGGAGCAUCACAUGAGUGCCUCAUAGAGCGAUUGUUGGAUUAAAGUACUAGAAUUCUAAACCAAAUACGAUUAGAAUUUCACUUGGC